AGAAAACCCCAAUCGAUCUUGGUUGGGUCCCUUCGCCAGCUCCUUUUUCUUCUCUUCUUUGCUUCGCACUCCUCCCUCUUUUCGGAAUUCGGACUUUCCAAUGGCUACCUCUCUCCAUGCCUUCGUUCCCCUCCGUAAUCCGAACCCUAAUCUUUUUGCCACCCGAGCGGUGGCCUCCUUCUCCUUCCCAUUGGGCGCCGUCCCCCGUCGACUGGAUUCGUCCAAUUCCCCGCUCUCGAGGAGGGGGUUGGGAACUCGUCUCGUGCUCGUGGAUCGGAGGCCGACGAAGAUUAUUCCUCUUGCGGCUUCUGACGAUGAACCGAAGCAUUUAGAUAUUAAAGAGGAGGAAAGUGAUGCUGAAUUAAACGCUCGGGCAGCACAAGACCAAUGGAAGGAGGCACUCGAACACUUCAAGACUGAAGCCCUGAAAGUCAAAGCUGUAUCAGAAGAAGCAUAUGGGGUAUACUCAAAGAAAGCAAUGGAAAUACUAAUGGAUACAUCUGAGAAGCUCAAGAUUCAAGCUGAUAAAGCACAACAGGAUUUGAGUAUAAUAGCCAAAGAGAUCUCACAAGAAGGGAACAAGUAUCUUGCUGCAGCAGCAAAGAAUUCUCCUGAUUCAGUUAAGGAAAUUUUGGAAACUUAUGCAUCAGUGGAUGAGUUAAAACACAUAUCCUCCAUCAGAGAUUUUUACUUUGGAAUUCCCUAUGGUUCCUUUCUCGUCAUUGGAGGAUUCAUGUAUUUCAUGCUGACUGGAAGUAUUCCUGCCAUUCGUUUUGGUGUUGUUCUUGGCACUGCAAUUUUGGCUUUGAGCGUGUCAAGCUUGAGGUCAUGGAAGAAUGGGAAAACAACCCCACUUCUUUUGAUAGGGCAAACUGCAAUUUCUGCUAUUAUCUUCUGCAGGCAGUGGCUGUUGUGUUCACAGAGGGGAUCAUUUCCAAAUCUUUUACUGCUCCUUAUCAGCGGCAUGAUGGCAGGUUUCUAUGCUUAUAGAAUCAUAAUCGAUCAUUACAACAAGGGCUCAAAUGUGGAACAGAGCUCAGAGAGUUAAUGGGCGUGACGGAGAAUAUGAUGAAUGGGUUGGUGAAGGCAACUCUGAAGGGAAGUGACUGCUUUCCGCGCUGUCUCUUGACCUUGCCUUAAAUCUUUUCAAAGUUUCUGUAACGCCAGACGAGUAGCUGGAUUAUGGUGAUUUUAGAAUUUGCAGACGUAUGAAAAUGUUCAAAUUUUGGCUUCCAGAGGAUGUAAUUUGUGUUGGCCAUUUUUUGUCCUUUACUUGGCAUGCAACUAAAGCUCAUCUUUGAAUUAUUGGUUA